GGAUUUAAGCGAAUGUUUAGCCGGUUUCUCAAGUCGAAGCCGACCAUCACAUGGAGCAAAAUCGAGCCAUUGCAGAGCGAAUCCAUCAAGCCGUUUUUUGAACUCGAAGCACCUCAGAAUGAGAUGAUCAAAGAACAGCUCAACAAGUUAAUUGUCGUUAAAUUGAAUGGAGGACUUGGCACCAGCAUGGGUUGCAAAGGACCUAAAAGUCUGAUUGCUGUGCGUCAUGAUCUGACGUUCAUCGACAUUGUAAUGCAGCAGAUCCAGCAUUUGAACAUCACUUACGGUGUGGAUAUUCCGUUGGUGCUCAUGAACAGCUUCAGCACGGACGAAGAUACGAAACGAAUUUUGCGAAAGUACAGAAAUGUCAAGGUGUCAGUCUAUUCAUUCAACCAGAGCCGUUAUCCCCGAAUCGACAAGGAAACACUGAUGCCAAUCAUUAGGACAUUGUCCGCUGCACAUUCAUCGUGGUAUCCUCCUGGCCACGGCAACUUCUAUGAGUCAUUUCACGCAUCUGGUUUAUUAGAUACAUUCUUAGCCGAUGGAAAAGAAUUUUGUUUUGUUUCCAACAUCGAUAAUCUUGGUGCCACGGUGGAUCUGAGUAGGUUUCUAAAUAUACUAAAUUUCUUGUGCAAUCAUCCUCAAAAUGAUUUCAUCAUGGAACUCACGGACAAAACCCGAGCAGACAUAAAGGGUGGUACUCUGAUUAACUACGACGGCCGUUUAAGGCUCCUAGAGUUGGCACAGGUGUCCAAGGACCAUUACGAUGAUUUUACAUCUGUCAUUGUCAUUUUCAAUAAAGCUUUCCGAACUAUAGGAACAACGCUUAUGGACCUGGAAAUAAUCGUAAAUCACAAGCACCUCAGUAAUCUUGGCUUGAACGUAAUACAGCUAGAAUCGGCAGCCGGAGCAGCGGUGAAAAAUUUUCAAGGUUCAAUCGGUGAGGAACUUUAG